UACUUGCAAACAAACUCAUAGUUGCAAUUUGUUAGCGAAAAGGGAAAAGAAAAGGGCGAAGGCUGAGAAAAGAAACGCAGAUUUUCUGGUUAUGGCGAUUGUUGCAGGACUCGCAACGACGUCGUCGUUUGCUAUGGUGAAGUUUGAGCGCAACCCUUCGGCUCCAACCACGGGGAAACUCAACCCAGCGGCAGCGAAAAUGGGUUCCAAACUUGUGGCUGUGGAAGCGAGGUUUGGUUCUUUCAAGACCGGUGGUGCUGGUGUUUUGGAACGACCCAGUUUUGAUCAGUCCCAGUUUGACCCUUCUACACAAGUUCUUGAAGGUGGUGAUAUAGGGCGUUCAAAAGAUAGAAAAGGUACUGGCAGUGGAGACAGUUAUAGAGUUUUGCUGGUUGACGAUGCCCGCCAUUCAGAAAAAUUAGUUGCGAAGGUUUUGCCCCAAGUUGUUCCAUCUGUUACACCUGAUGAUGCAAGAAAACUGUUUCAUGAAUCGCGUGAAAAUGGGGUGGCAAUUGUGAUAGUCACGGUUAAGGAGCAUGCUGAAUUCUAUUCGCAAAUGAUGGUGCGCGGGGGAUUACGUUCCAUUAUCGAGCCGGAUUCAAGUGUAGUGUAGUGGUUGCAAACAUUAUAUCGUACAAGCAAAGACUUGGUUGCGACAAUUUUGGAGAAUCUAGAAUUACAUUGAAUUGUAGACCCUGAUAUUAAACUUAGGUGAAACACUGACAGUUCAUUGUGAUGACUUGAAAAAAAUACAGGUUUUGUAUACAUUCUGUAGUUUUUGUUUUAA